CUAAAGUUUUCCUAUUUAGUACGUUGCAAACCUCCACGGGGUGUGUACGUUUUGCCGCGAAAAAGAAAUAUUGCAACUUUUACGUUAUACAUUACGUUUCGGUGAUUGAAUAACAAAAUUGGACAAAACCACUUAUUUGUUUUCAAUAAAUUAACUGACACAAGCAAAAGCUCAAAUGAUAAACAUUUCUUUUUUCUAUUUUUGAAUUAAUAAUGUGAUUUGAUAACCCUAUAAAAUUAUAAUAAAAUGUGAGAUUCUAUCGGCUUAAACAAUCUUAUAAUGUGAGAGAACCUGAAACAGUUAUGGAAAAUCAUUUAAAAUAUAACAGUAUUAUUGUUAUUUUGAAACAUAAAUAUAAAAUUCAUAAAUGGAAGUGAACUUUUGGGUUUGCCUUUUAGUAGUUCAUACUCAAUUUUCGUUUUAUGGGAAAGGACAGAAAUUGAAAAAUCAAAAUCAUCACGACGCAAAAACAGAUGAUCAAGAUGAAUUAUCACCGGUUCAUCAUCAACCCCAUAUUAAGGAUUACUUCCUGCCUCCGGUCUUCAAUCACGAUGACGAGGAGGAAGACGAAGAUGAAGGUUACGCUGAUUACGAUUACGAUAAAGGAACGAACUACAAGGAUUCCCCUGAUUUAGUUACAGUUCCCAGUGACACACAAGAAACCGAAGAUAAAAUACCAUUACACACGACGAAAGACAAUCUACCUGUAUUUCUUUUAGAGCCGGAGAAUACGUAUGUGGUUAAAAAUAAACCCGCUAUUUUGAAAUGUCGCGCUGCUAAUGCUUUGGAGGUAUACUUUAAAUGCAAUGGAAUCAAAACACAAGGUGCGAACUUUGAAUUCGUUGACCCACAAACCGGGGUGCGGAUAAUUGAAGGUGAACAAUCGGUAACUAGAGAGAACAUUGAAGAAUACUUUGGUGGUGAUAAGUACCAAUGUUCCUGCUUCGCUUGGACCAGUCGAGGACAGAUUAGAAGUCAGCCUGCUACAAUUGAAAUCGCAUACAUAAAGAAGCAAUUCGCUGUAGCGCCGCAAUCGCAACUGGUCAAACAGUACACAUCAGUCAAUUUCCGAUGCGAGCCUCCACCAGCGGCGCCCUUCGCCCAGCUGUACUGGUUGAAGAAUGGUGCUCCCGUUGUUAUUGAUGAUAACGUUCAGGUUUCAACCGACGGAAAUCUUAUCAUUAAGCAAGCUAAUCUGCUGGACAUGGCUAACUACACAUGUGUUGCGGAAAACUUAGCCGGGAAGCGCAUGUCAGAACCGGCUCUGCUGUCAGUAUUCGUUAACGGUGGUUGGAGUACAUGGUCAGCGUGGGUGGACUGUUGUCCAACAAGAGAAGGUCGAACGGGCAGAAAGAGAGAGAGAACUUGCACGGCACCGCGACCUCUAAACGGUGGACAGCCUUGCGUUGGCAACAAUCUACAGAAGACUCAGGAUUGUGUGGAGUGUGACAUAGAUUUGUAUCUCGAUAAUAUCGACGAGCUGGCUGAUGAAUCACCGAACAUAGUUUUGGGACGUUGGUCGCAAUGGUCAGACUGGUCGCGAUGUGAUUCCGACUGCCUUCAAACUAGAAGACGAAAGUGUCUCACGAGCUCGUGUCUGGGGAAAGACUACCAAGUCGCCCAGUGUCCUCUCUGUGUGCGCACGUCGAAAUCUGAAAGAAUUAAUGACGGUACUCCGUAUUGGCCCCUUUUCGUAGCGUUAUCAAUAGCCUCCCUCGUGUUUAUAGUCGUAGUAAUUCUCGGAAUAAAAUACAUGAAGUUCAAGACGACUGAGACAUCGCCUUACGCUAAACCGCCCACAGGUGGCAAUUAUUUCGGAAACGUUAUAAAAAGGACUUUGACUAAUCAACCAGACCUCACUAUUCACGAGGAGUUCCACACGAUAGAUUCUUCACGGCUCAGGCACGCUAACAUCAUUACUAACGCACGGCAUGAGCAUUUGUACGAAGUGCCACAGCUAGCUAAUAGUUACAUAGCACCCAUAGACCACGAGGUAAGGAACGACCGGAUCGCUUGCAACAAGGACGCCUCUGAGUCAGACCGCUCUGACUCAAGCUGCUUUUUGAGCUCCGGUUCAUCGUACAGCCACAGCGUAGAAAUAUCGCCUUCAUUAAAAAACAAUGCAUCGUUAAACUCGAACUACGCAACGAAUCUAGAUACUUCCAAAUCCAAGAUGGUGUCGAGCGACGGCGACUGGUUAAAUCUGGAUAAAACCGGUGUUAGUCUGUUUGUUCCGGACGGCGUUGUUGAUAAAGGAGAGGAAUUGUUUUCUGUUGAAGUAUCUGACGAGGAAUGGAAUAGGCCCAUGCUUCAAGACGGCGAAAUCCAAUUGAGUCCGGUCAUCAAAUGCAGUCCUAAGAACUUUCACUUCCGUAAGGGCGUGGUCCUAACGUUUCCUCACUACGCAUCGUUGAGGAACACCAGCUGGCUGCUAUUCAUCCUGCAGCGCCCUGAUGAUCUCCAUACGAGGGAGUGGCGUAAAGUUUUGACUCUAGGCCAAGAGACUCCCGGCACGCCAAUCUUCAGUCAAGUCGAUCCUAACAAAGUGUACAUCGUGGGCGAGUUCUUGAGCGAUUUCGUCCUGGUGGGAAGAAGUUUUGCCGGUUCAGACGCCAAGAACCUAAAACUUGCCUUAUUCAUCUACGAAAUGGACGAGAACUAUCAUCGUCUGAAACUGCACGUCUUCAACGAUACGCCUCACUGUUUGAACGAGUGCUUCAAUCUAGAACGGAGAUUGGGCAGUAAGCUUCUGUGCGAACCGAAACCCUUCUAUUUCCAGGAAAGCGGCUCAGAUCUGUGCGUUAGUAUAAGAAAUGUAGGCACCGGCUGGAGAGUUCAAGCCUCGGGGAAUCACCAGGAACUGUCGCAUCACGAUCUCUGGAAUAUGACUCUAAAAUCGCAUAGCUGCGUUUUUAUACUCCAGCAAACGGAUUCAAUAAACUGCUUGGAAUUAAGCAUGUCAAUAUACCAGAAGCAGAAACAAUUGAAUUCGGUCAAUUUCAAUUUGAAAACGAACGAUAUCAAUUCGAAUUGUAAGAGAUAUAGUUAUUCCAGUGCCGAUACGAUGAACGUUAUCGAGAAUCCGUUUAAUUACGCUUCGCUCACUAGAAACGACUGCAGAUACGAUUUCAUAUUUAAAAACACAUUUAGAUCGAAUUACAGCGUUGACAAUAAUUACAGGAUCAAUGUUUUAACUAAAUCGGAUAGGAUUAUAUUGUGUAAGCUGUUAGAUCCUCAGACGUCUAAAGGAAACGAUUGGAGGUUGUUGGCUGAAAAAUUAAAAAUGUCAUAUUUUUAUUAUUAUUUUUCGAAUACGUGCUCCCCGACUGAGAAUGUUUUGAAUCUGUGGUUGUGCAGGAAUAACGAUGGUGGUAUGUUGGUCGAUCUUUCUCGUAUAUUCAGGGAGAUGGGACGAAUCGACUGUGCUACAGUUGUCGAGCGUAGAUGCUUCUCGAAUUAACGUUUUUGUUUUGUAAGCCCUCAUUUUGUUUACUUUAUACCGUCGGAGGUAAAACAAUUCGUUGUAUUAAAGCCUUCGUCAAACAGAACGCGUACUUAGCGUGCGUCAGAGCGCUAAACUAACGCCGCGCUAUGACGCCGGGAUGUGUUGUACUACUACGGCAACAUACCGUCAAACAUACUAUAGCGCUCAUAGCGCUGGCGCUCUGUUUGACGGUAUGUUACCGUAGUAGUACAACACAUCUCGGCGUCAUAGCGUUGCGCUCUGACGCGGGCUAAUUACGCGUUCUGUUUGACGAAGACUUAAGAGUUUAUUAGGCUUCAGAGACUUCAACGUAAGAUAUAAAGUCGAAGUCACAAUUGCGUAUGAAACGGCUUUAGUACUUUUCAAAUUGGAACGCAUGAAAUAAGUAGCAUACCUUUUUGUACAAGGCUCACAAUGUGCCUAUUCGUUAGUAGAUUAGUUAGAAUAUCAAUAGCAGAUUUUAAUAAGCAAAGUCUUCUUGGAUAGUGUCAAUUGCGAUGUAAUUGUUAACAAUUAAUAAUUAAUAAAAAUGUUAAGUGACACAGGCAGAUUAAUAAAUAAAUAAAUAGCUAAAUACAGAAAGAAGUAAAGUAGUUUUUUUGAAUGUCUUGCAUUUUACCUCAGAAUCCAUAGUGUGAUAAAUAAGGGAUAAAGUUAGCCAUUAUAGAUAGUGUUUUUGGUGCAAUGACAUUCCGAAAAUGAUUUUAUAUUUCAUGUACCUAUCUUUCUAUUUGCGCUGGAGCGGUUCAUGAAACAGAAGUGUUAGGUUUCCCUCCUCCGUGCGUCGUAUUCCUCAGUGCGGUGGGUCGUGACCUUUACGGAGCACUUUUGUUAGGACUAUGUUCCUCCAUUCACUCCUGUUCUCCGCGCAUUGGAUAGCGACAUUGAUGCUGGAUUCCAAAGUUUAAUCACAUCGGACCAACGCAUGAAACUACACCCCCUAGGCAUCUUUCCUUCCAUUUUGCCGGUAAUGAGAAGUUUUUCGAGAUUGUCACCUUUUUUCCUCGCAACGUGGCCAAAAAACUCUAAAAUCCUACUUAAGCAAGUGGUGGAGAGUCUUGAGGAGACGCCUAGUUCUUCCAGGAUUGAUGCGUUUGCGUUUCGUUUAGAAAAUAAAUAAUGUUAACGUAAAAGUAUUCUUGUGUCUUAAUAUCGUGAGUUUCAUUUUCAACUGUUUGAAACACGAAAGAUUUAUGUUUUCUAAUACUAAGAGCACAAUUUGGUUAAUUAAAAAAAUGUGGCAUAAUGUUAUUUACUAGCUUUCUAAGCCUUACUAGCCGUCAGCAUUGCCCGUGUGGACUUCACUUACAAUUAAGAUUCACUUACAAUUGUUUAUUUGCUUUUUGGUGUACAAUAAAGAAUAUUCUCUCUCUCUCUCUCUCUAAGAUUCGCUCAACGCUAGAUAUGUAAGCGUACAAAAAGGUUAUUUGAUAUUACACUAUUUCACCUACUAGCUCCAAAACAGUAACAAAUUAUAAACUUCCUCACUUAUCGCUAUUUCGAUUAGUGAAAACGGUAUCAAAAUCGCUUGCGUUGUUGCAAAAGUAAGGAGAGUAAAACAAAGGCAGAUAGCGACUUUUUUAAACUAUCUAAAAACGUAAUUGUGCGGUUUUUGAUCGAGAAAACAUGUUAGUUCCGUUACCACUACGUACCUACCAUUAUUAAUAAUUAUAAUUAAUUGAGUAUAUAUAACAAAAUGUACAAUGUAACGUGGUGUUGAAUAUUUUAUAUUAUAAUAGUGUUUGUGAACAUUUAACUAAAGAGUAUGUUUGUAAAACAUUAUGAAAUGUAAAUAACGAACCAAAUAGAUUUUAUGUAAUAUUUAAUGUACUAUUAAAUUGAUUGUAGCGAUUUAAAAAAAAAAAAAUUUAAAAAUUAAAUGAGAAUUUUGA